AUGCCAGUACCCGCUUUGGGCUUCCAAGCCCUUGUCCUUUGCGGACCCGGUGUUUCACUCACGCUGGCGUCAAAGCCAGAGGAACUACCGAAAGCCCUCAUUAAUGUCGCUAACCGUCCUCUGGUGUUUUAUGUGCUGGAUUGGCUGAAGAGAUCGGGAGUUUCUGAUAUCACGCUAAUUACGCCUCCUUCCGCCGCUCCUCCCCUCCAAGCCGCCUUGAAACAGAACCAAUAUUUGACCUCCCUUCCCUCGCCGAACCCGACUGUCCUCGCCCCGAAAGACCUCGAGCUGGUUACCGGUACAGCAGAACUGCUCCGCCUCCCCGAAGUGCAAAGCUGCAUCAAAACAGACUUCCUCCUUUUGCCUUGCGAUCUGAUCUGCGAGAUCCCCGGUGAAAAUCUCCUCGAGUCUUGGAUGGUGUCCCAGAGUGCGCUGGGUGGUUCGUCUACGCGGGAAGGUCGUCAUGCUCACGGCCCUAUCUCUGGGCCAGGUGGAGAGCAAGGAGGCCGUCGAGGCGGUCUUGCGGUAUACUACCAAACACAAGGCCGGGAAGAGAGUGUCAAGGGCGAAGCCACUGAUUUCGUUGCCAUUGCACCGCUUGAUCAGGAUGAGGCGCCUGCGGUUAACGGACCUCGGUUCCCGCUCGACAAACUGGUUAUGUCCAUGCCCAUGGAUACCGUGAAGGAGAAGAUCGAGGCGGACAAGGGCUUCCUUAUCCGACAUUCGCUUGUGGAGAAACAUGCGCAAGUCAAGAUGCUUUCCUCAUAUCGGGAUGCUCACCUCUACGUGUUCCCCUACUGGAUUAAAGAUCUAGCGCGUCAUCAAGAAAAGUUCCAGUCGGUCAGUGAGGACUUGAUUGGUUAUUGGGCCAAGUCUGAGUGGCAGAAGGGGCUUGGAGAAAAACUGGGUAUGAACCAGGUCCUGGGUGACAAGCUUGGCGGCACAGAGGAAAAUGGAAGCACCGACGGCGAGGCUUUGGAAGAAGAGAUCGAUCUCCAGGCUAUGAGCACGACUAGAAGUGGCUCGACCGUGACACUUACCCCGGCUCAGAACGACGUUUCCUCCCCUAUUUUGGCAUCUCGUGUGAAGUCUCCCUCGAAUAAGGAAUCCGAGGAGUCGGUCAAGGUUCCGCCCAUUCUUGCCUAUGUGCAAAGAGGGUCUGCGCCCUUUAUUCGACGUGUUGAUAGCUCUGCUAUCUUGCUUUCUACUUCUCUUCGCCUUGCCAAACUCCCGUCUAUUGAGGAAGUUGGUCGCCAAGCCGCGUCUCCUCUUGCGCACAGCAAGAAAAUCGCCCACCCAGAAGGCGUGCCAAAGCGAUGCACUGUCACGGAGUCCGACUGUCUGGUGGACAUUAACGUGACGAUCGAAGAAUUCGCUGUGAUCAAGGAGUGCUGUAUCGGUGAGGGUGCGAAGAUUUGCAAGGGUGCCAGACUGUCCAAGUGUGUCAUCUUGCCCUAUGCGGUGGUUGGCGAAAAGGCCGUGGUUACAGGCACGAUUGUGGGCCGACACAGCAAGAUCGGCCGUGACAGUGUGCUCAAGGACUGCGAGGUGGACAAUGGUUACGUGGUUCCCGAUGAUACCGAUGCCAAGGCUGAAAAGUUCAUGCACUUUGGCGGCCUGGACGAUGAGGAUGAUAUGGAUGUGUCUAGGGACUUUGACGAUAACGGGUCCGACCUGGGCUUCUAG